CGGGGAGGCGCCAGACGUUCAGCUAGGCGCUUCAGUCUUUGCUUGGAAGCCUGACAUGGUCGGAAGAGGAGAGGCGAAGCGCGUCUAGAGAAAGGCAAAAGCAGGACCAGGGAUGGUUUGGUGAAACCGAAGAAGGAGCGAGGCCUUGAGGCACAACUUUCCCCAAAGUUCGGCUUGGGUUCCAAGGCUUUGGAGUAUUCCAAUGGCAUCUUUGACUGCCAGUCCCCGACAUCUCCAUUCAUUGGGAGCCUGCGUGCCUUGCAUCUGGUGGAGGAUUUGCGUGGUGUGUUGGAGGUGAUGGAAGUGGAUGAAAAAGAAGGACUGCGGUGUCAAGUUCCAGAUUCGACAGCAGAGAUUUUGAUCGAAUGGCUACAGAGCCAAAUGACUAAUGGACAUAUAUCUGCCAAUGGAGAUGUGUAUCAAGAGAGGCUUGCACGUUUGGAAAAUGACAAGGGAUCUCUAGUUCUGCAAGUGAGUGUUCUUACUGAUCAAGUUGAUGCUCAAGGAGAAAAGAUAAGAGAUUUGGAACUAUGCCUAGAAGAACACAGGGAGAAACUGAAUGCCACAGAAGAAAUGCUACAGCAGGAGCUAUUAAGUAGAACAUCUCUUGAAACUCAAAAACUUGACCUUAUGGCUGAGGUUUCCAACUUGAAGCUCAAGCUAACUGCUGUGGAAAAAGACAGGUUAGACUAUGGAGACAGAUUCCGAGACACAGAGGGUUUGAUGCAGGAAAUUAAUGAAUUACGCUUAAAAGUGGGAGAAAUGGAUAGUGAGAGAAUUCAAUAUGAGAAAAAAUUUAAAUCUACCAAAUCUUUAAUGGCCAAACUUUCUAGCAUGAAAAUCAAAGUGGGCCAGAUGCAGUAUGAAAAGCAGCGGAUGGAACAAAAAUGCCAAAUGUUAAAGGAAGAACUAGCAUCUUUAAAAGAUAAAUUACAACAAAAAGAAGCAGAAAUAAAAUGCUUGCAAGAAAAACUGGUUCACCCGGUGAAGGGAGAAGUGCUUGACAUAAACGACAGAGAUGAAAAAUGUAAAAAGAAGCUGAAAGACAAAAAUAUUGAAGUACAGAAAAUGAAGAAGGCAGUAGAAUCUCUAAUGGCAGCAAAUGAAGAAAAGGAUCAGAAGAUAGAAGAACUUCGACAGUCUCUUAAUCGGUAUAAGAAAGUGCAAGAUAUGGUGAUACUGGCUCAGGUCAAGAAAGGCAAGAAUGAUGAAUGUGAGGACUUGGCAAAUUCAGGAUCCAUUUCAGUAGCCUUGUCAGAUGAUGCACAGAAUCUAAGUGAACCUGAGAAGAGUCCAUCUCCUACAGGCUCGCCAAACCAUGAAGAGUUUAGAGCAAAAACUCCUGAAGAGGAUUCACUACAGAUCCACACUAGUGUUUUUCAAGUUUCCAUUCCUUCUUUCUCACCAUCAUUCAAACAUUCGGACGAACCUACUGAUAAAGUAAAUGCCCAGUCGGAAAUGGAAGUUAGAGAUCAAGUCAGUGAGAAGAACACACCAGUGUCCUCUAUAGAAUCACAGCUAGGUGAUACCAAAUUAACUUCAGCCCUGCAAAAAUCCAGUAGCUUGGGAAACCUGAAGAAAGAAUCAACUUAUGGCAAAGAGCCUGGACAGAAGCAAAAGGAGAGCAAAAUGCCCACCGAUUGUAGCAAAUACGGGACCCUCCCUUCCAAAUCCUCUGGAGAAGAAGAUGCCUUUGGAACCCGUAAAGCCCGGUCUUCAUUUGGGCGAGGCUUUUUCAAGAUCAAAAGUAACAAGCGGACUGCAAGUGCACCUAACUUGGUGGAGACAGAAAAAGGAUCUGCAGAUCAUUUAGAUCUGGCUGGCUUGCCUCCUCGAUCUAAAGGUACAGUCGGUGAGGCUUUGACUCCGCCCUCUCCUGACUCCAAAAAGAAAGCCAGAGGAAUCAAGAAACUGUUUGGAAGACUCCGACGGAGCCAAUCUACUACUUUCAAUCCAGAUGACAUGACUGAGACUGAGUUCAAGAGAGGAGGAACAAGAGCAACUGCGGGUCCAAGAUUGGGCUGGUCGAGAGAUCUUGGGCAAACCAACAAUGAUUUGGACAUGCCAUUUGCUAAAUGGACAAAGGAACAAGUCUGUAACUGGCUUCAGGAUCAGGGUUUGGGUUCUUACAUAGGCAAUGGAAAACACUGGAUACUCUCUGGUCAGACUCUCCUGCAAGCUUCACAAUCUGAUUUGGAAAAGGAACUUGGAAUAAAGCACCCACUGCAUCGGAAAAAACUUCAACUUGCCCUGCAGGCAUUAGGGUCAGAAGAAGAGAACAGCCAUGGGAAACUGGAUUACAAUUGGGUGACAAGAUGGUUGGAUGAUAUUGGACUGCCUCAGUAUAAGACACAGUUUGAUGAAGGAAAAGUGGAUGGGCGAAUGCUUCAUUAUAUGACAAUUGAUGACUUACUACCUUUGAAAGUUGUGAGUGUCCUCCACCACCUGAGCAUCAAGCGUGCCAUCCAAGUCCUAAGGAUAAAUAACUUUGAACCCAACUGUCUGCGCAGAAGACCUUCCGAUGAGAAUAACUUCACGCCGUCAGAGGUUUCCCAGUGGACCAAUCAUCGGGUGAUGGAGUGGCUGCGUUCCGUUGAUCUUGCAGAAUAUGCUCCUAAUUUGAGAGGGAGUGGUGUUCACGGUGGGCUAAUGGUUUUGGAACCUCGCUUCAACGUAGAGACCAUGGCGCAGCUACUGAAUAUCCCUCCAAACAAGACGCUGCUGAGGCGGCACUUGGCAACUCACUUUAAUUUGCUGAUUGGGCAAGAGGCCCAGCUGCAAAAACGCGAAGCUAUGGAAUCGCCAGAUUAUGUCCUCUUAACAGCUACAGCCAAAGUAAAGCCAAAGAAACUCGCUUUUAGUAAUUUUGGAAAUUUAAGAAAGAAGAAGCAGGAUGAUGGGGAAGAGUAUGUGUGUCCAAUGGAAUUGGGACAGACAUCAGGGAUUGGAUCAAAGAAAGGGUUCAAGACAGACCUAGAUAUGAGAGUGUAUGAUGAUGAUGACCUAGACAGACUGGAACAGAUGGAAGAUUCAGAAGGUACCGUGAGGCAAAUAGGGGCGUUCUCCGAAGGCAUCAACAACUUGACUCACAUGUUAAAGGAAGAUGAAAUGUUCAAAGACUUUGCUACACAUUCACCUAACACCAGUAUCACAGAUGAAGAUUCAAAUGUGUGACAGUAUCAAUGCUGAACCCAUCUGUUUUGUGAUGUCAAAUGCCAACUUUGUAUGUAAUUGAUACAGUGCAUCAAGUAAUUUGGGUCACUUUUGCUUCAAACAGACAAUUUUCAGGGGAUCAGAAGGACAAGAGGUGCCUAUAGUAAACUUGCCAUAAAUAAGGGGAGACAACACCCUAGGUAGUGGGGGAAAGAUAUUAUUUAUCUUUAAUGUAGAAACUGGUUAUAUAUUUUAGAGCAUCUCUUGGAUAUGACCGUAUUGCCAUAAUACUCCUGUAUUCCUGUACAUAAUGUGCCAUAACACCUAUCUCCAAACGUGUCUUUCUCUCUUCUUCUUCGAGUAAUAGAAAAGAAAAAAGAAACAGCUACAGAUCUGGAAUCAGCAUUCAUUUUAGAUAUUUCUGCUGCAACAACAAAACCAUCCUUGAGGUUUUUGAUAUCCUGUAUGAAUAGCUGAUGAAAAGUAAAUAACACUCAUCCCUGAUAUAAAAAA